CCUUUCAGUAGGAGUCAAGCUCCGUGCUUGUAGCAGUGUGGUUGGUUUAUGGCUGUGUUGUAGCCCACCACCAGAGCAACGACAUGACUGUCGUGCGGGUGUACACGGCUUGUGUGAGCUGAAAAUGUCCAGAAAGUGACUCAGAAAGGAGACAGGACAACCUGGAUGCUAACGCUGGAGUCCUUGGAAGUUUUCUCGCUGGCUAACCUGGCUCUCCUGCUGCGUAUGUGCAGCGUUAGGCCUCAUGGAGCUGGGAACACACCACCUGCUGUGGACCAAGGAGCUUCAUCCAUGCUGGCUUCCAAGCAGACGGCCAUAAAGGGUGGAAAACUUAGCUACCCUGCAGUUGUUUUUCCUCUACCCUUUUCCUAAGUCACCCCUUCCUUCCCCAAGGAGAAACCACUCUACUGUGUUGGAGAGUAACGACAUGAUUGGCAAGCUGAAACAGAAUCUGCUGGUGGCCUGCCUGGUCAUCAGCUCGGUCACCGUCUUUUACCUUGGCCGGCAUGCGAUGGACUGUCACCAUCGCUCUGAGGAGCGCAGCCAUCCAGGAGGAGUCCUGCCUCCGUCCGCACUGGGUGGCAGCAUGCGGACCACCUUACGGACAGGCCAGAAUCUCAGCACACCGUUUGUUUACAACAAAGACAUGCCACUGAUUUUUAUAGGGGGUGUGCCCAGAAGCGGUACCACACUGAUGAGAGCAAUGUUAGAUGCCCACCCUGAGGUGCGCUGUGGAGAGGAGACGCGCGUCAUUCCCCGCAUCCUGGCCAUGAAACAGAUGUGGAGCCGUUCAGGACGCGAGAAGAUGCGCCUGGAUGAGGCUGGUGUAACAGAUGAGGUGCUGGACGCUGCCAUGCAGGCCUUCCUACUGGAAAUCAUUGUUAAACACGGCGAGCCGGCAAACUUCCUCUGCAAUAAGGACCCGUUUGCACUGAAGUCGCUCUCCUACCUGGCCAAGAUUUUCCCACGUGCCAAGUUUGUGCUUAUGAUUCGUGAUGGGAGGGCAUCGGUUCACUCCAUGAUCUCACGGAAAGUUACCAUUGCAGGAUUUGACCUGGGCAGCUAUCGUGACUGUCUGACCAAGUGGAAUCGGGCGAUAGAAACUAUGUAUACUCAGUGCUUGGAGGCAGUGGACAAGUGCCUGCCUAUGUACUAUGAACAGUUGGUCCUCCAUCCUGAGAAAUGGAUGCAGACACUGUUGAAAUUCCUAGAAGUUCCUUGGAAUGAUGCUGUCCUUCACCACGAGGAGCUUAUUGGGAAAGCAGGGGGAGUUUCCCUUUCCAGGGUGGAGAGGUCCACAGACCAAGUCAUUAAGCCAGUAAACGUGGAAGCCUUGUCUAAAUGGGUGGGAAAGAUCCCACCUGAUGUGGUGAGGGACAUGGCUGUCAUCGCUCCCAUGCUUUCCAGACUGGGCUAUGACCCGCACGCCAACCCCCCCAACUACGGGCAGCCAGACCCCAGAGUAUUGGACAACACCAGGAGGGUCUAUAAAGGUGAAUUUCAGCUCCCAGAUUUCCUAAAAGAGCAAUCACAGAUGCAGAAGUCUGCAGAGAGACCCAACCCCAGUUAGAAGCAGAGGAGCACAUARAACUGGGUGGACUCAGGCUAAAAGUCGCCUCUCCAUCUGCGUUGGACGUUGGCACAUCCAAGCGGUCUCGUCUGGUUCCUCUUCCUGUGGGCAGCUCUCCCUCCUCUGCUUCAGGCGGACCUUUGGCCUUCAGUGUUGUACCUUAACAUGAGAAGAUGUGCCACUUCUCAGCACCAUGGAAUGUCUGCUGAUUGUUAUUUUGUGUCACAUCACACUCAUUAAGUUUGUAGGAACGACCUCUGGAUGUUUAGAGAAAAAACUGUGAUUCUGUUGUAAGAAACUCCAGUGAUCUAAAAUCAAACCAGUAUAUAUAUGAAUGGAGUGAUUCGCUUUCAGAAGCUGCAAUACUUAUUUUAAUGUUUCAUUUUUGUUUCAAUGCCUUUUUAUUGUGCAAUGCCAUAGGGUACUGUUUAUUUUAAUGUAUCGGAAGUGAUAAAUGAUGCUUUUAAAAUAAACGUCUGUCUGUUGAUGCUUUUCUUAUA